UGGAGGUGAGGAGGAGCCAUGUUCCUGAGUCCUGGUGAGGGGCCAGUGGCUGAGGGUGGGGGGCCAGCACCCUGCGAGGAGGCCCCCAAGAAGAAACACCGGAGGAACCGCACCACCUUCACCACGUACCAGCUGCACCAGCUGGAACGGGCAUUCGAGGCCUCCCACUACCCAGACAUUUAUAGCCGUGAGGAGCUGGCAGCCAAGGUGCACCUGCCAGAGGUGCGUGUGCAGGUGUGGUUCCAGAACCGCCGGGCCAAGUGGCGGCGCCAGGAGCGUCUGGAGUCGGGCUCAGGGGCCAUGGCAGCCCCGAGGCUCCCUGAGGCCCCAGAAUUGCCGUUUGCCCGCCCUCCGGCCAUGUCACUGGCCCUGGAUCCCUGGCUAGACCCCAGGCCCCCCACAUUGCCCGCCCUCCCUCGCCUCCUGGGCCCUGGCCCAGGACUGCAGGCGUCCUUCGACCCAGGUGUCCUUGACCCAGGGCCCAGGGCUGCAGAUGGCUUCACCCUGGAGAAGACAUCCUUGCGGCUGCUGGCCAAGGAGCACGCACAGGCUCUGGACAGGGCCUGGCCAUCGGCUUAA